UUACUUCAUUAACGUUCGAGGCCGGUAAAAGGGCGGAAAGAGAAAGGCGAGAGGGAAACCCAUUGAUCUCCCGACGGCGAACCGUUCCCUGAAUCCGCCAACGAGCGCCGGCCGCGAGGGUUCCGACGAGUAUCGGUGAUGGGUUCGUCCGAAAGCCCUGCUUGGUUCUUGGAUGACUUGAUCGGCGACAUGCACGCCUCCGAGGGCGAUCUCGCGGGGGUCAACGGCGGCUUUUGCUGGGCUCCCCCGGGAUUCAAUAUUUCCUUCAGCUCCUUUUCAGACUCCAAUGGCCUCACAGAACCAGUCACUGGAAAGCGUAAGAGGUCAGAAACCUGUAGUACACCCGCCAAAGCUUGUAGAGAAAAAAUGAGAAGGGACAGGUUGAAUGACAGAUUCCUGGAAUUGGGCUCUCUUCUUGAACCUGGAAAGUUAUCAAAAUUGGACAAAGCUGCUAUCCUAAGUGAUGCUGUUCGUGUGUUGACUCAACUGCGCAGUGAGACAGAAAAGCUUAAAGAGUCAAAUGAAAUUCUCCAAGAGAAGAUAAAUGAAUUAAAGGCUGAGAAGAAUGAGCUUCGUGAUGAGAAGCAGAAGCUGAAGGCAGAGAAUGAGAGUCUGGAGCAGCAAAUAAAACUCAGAUCGAGCUAUGUUUCUCACCCACCACCUGUAAUAGCGACCCCCUUCACAGCAAAAGGUCAAGCUGCGGCACAGAAGCUAAUGAUACCCAUCAUCGGUUACCCUGGCUUCCCAAUGUGGCAAUUCAUGGCGCCUUCCGAUAUCGAUACAUCGCAGGAUGCUGAUAAAUAUCCACCUGCUGCCUAGGCUAAUGGCCGAUCAAGCCGACACUCUUUGGGCUCUAGGUUAUGCCAAGGAUUCUAGCUUGAUUUCGUUGUUAGUUCUAAAAACAUGAUUACUAUUCUCAAUGAUGUGUUGUUAACCAGUGAAUGUCUUUUCUUGGAUCAGCGCAAGUUAUAAGUGGCAGAUCUCCCUGUAAAUGCACAUAAAUAGGGGAUUAUUGACCCAUUUGCUACUUUGUUAAAUGUGAUGAGCUGCAUGCUCGUAUUAUUGUUGUGCUCA